UAUUGCAAUUUUAUAUUCUCAUGCAGAAUAGGUCCACUGGGACUUUUGUACAUGUUGUCAUGUUUUGUCAUGUUGGCAAACAGUGGGGUUAUUUAUCUUGUUUGAGGUUUGAGUGUUAUGAAAAUAUUUCCUGUUGGUGUUUUAUGGAAAUUCCAUAGAAUCAAUCUAUUGUCAUGCUUGUUCAUGAAACGGAAAAGAAGCUGGCUGCAUACAGGGCGAGAAAGAAACGAGAAGCACUGAUCAAUCAUUACAAGGCGCGGGUCAAAAAUAUGUUACCAUCUUUUCUUUCAAAGAAGGACGAACCUGAGCUCCCUGACCCCUCUGAGGAAACCAGCAGGUCGCUUUUGGAGGUCGCCUCUCCUCUCGAUGAACCUGAAGAUUGCUGCUCAGAGCCCGAAGAGCCUCAACCCUUUACCACUAUUGACUACGUGCGAUACCUAUUAUAUUUCUUGCUCUGGGUGACUACGUAUGCCCUUUUCAUUCAGCUACAGUUUGGCACAGUGUUCCUGAUAGUGUCAGGCUUGAUGGGAAUUUUCUUGAACACCAGAACUGGACCCAAAAAGGCGAAUGAAAUCAGUGCCUAUUCAGUGUUCAAUAAGAAUUGUGAAAAGAUCGACGGUACGCUUGAUGGGGAAAAAAUGACUCAACAGAUGCUGUAUGGAGGUUUUGCUAGAUAAGGCCCCCACACGAGUAGGGCUAACUUGAGGCAUCAACGCCCAGCUUGAGGACCGAGUUUUAGAUCGGUUGAAUCAUUCCAGGAUUCAACGGCUGUGACACAAAUUCGUUUCACGAAUUCCUUAUUUAAAUAUAGAUAUAUUUUCAGUUGGUUA